AUGACUUCGGACGAAAAUUCUUAUUCGUUAACCAACAAUAAUCUUACAACUUGUACUUCUUCAAUUAUCAAUGAUACAAACUUAGAUACUCAGAUCCUAUCAUUACCGACGAUAAUUCAUAUAACUCCUAAUUCAAAUCCACUGACGUCUCCUACUCAAUUAACAGACAAUCAAUAUGAACAUGCUCAUAUACCUAAACGACAACAAGUAACAGUUAAAAAAAUUUCACAAAAUUAUCUUAGACGACGACUAUGUGUGAGAGAAUACUAUUAUGUUCGACUUGCAUUAGUAAGUAAUAUGAUGUGUUUUUUGGGUACUUUGGGUAUUCUUCUUAUGAUCAUUGAAAAUGAAUUAAAUUUUACUCAUAUCUAUGAUAAAGAUUCAAAAGUUAGUUGGUUUAUUAAAUUAAUAAUUACAUUUACUACGGCUAUUCUUCUGGUUCUUAUCUUAUAUUACCAUCAUUUAGAUAUAACUCUUUAUUCUUAUCGAAACUCACUUGAAAAGUGGAGUAUUGCAAUGACAUCAAAGAAAAUAUUGUUAAUUAUAAUUGAGAUAUUAAUUUGUGCGAUUCAUCCUAUACCUCGAUUUUAUCCGAAAUUAAAUCCUGAAACAAUCAAUUCAAAUUCGUCUGAAUCAAAUUCUUAUUCUCUAUCAUAUACAGCAAUUGAUGUUGGACUUGGUCUGCCAAUGUUUUUACGUUUAUAUCUCGUUGGUCGUUGCAUCAUGUUACAUUCACAUUUAGUUCGCGAUAUAACAUUACGAUCAUUUGGAUAUCUCAAUCAUGUACCAGUUGAUUUAUAUUUCCUUAUAAAAACUUAUCUUGAACAAUGGCCAACACGAUGUUUGUUCACAUUUUGUAUCACUGGAUUUCUUAUUGGAAGUUGGUCUUUACGUGCAUGUGAUUAUAAAAUCACAAGAGAACAUAUGUCUUUUUCUGAUGCUAUGUGGCUUUUUAUUAUAACAUUUACUACUGUUGGUUACGGAGAUCUGUAUCCAACAACAUAUUGUGGACGAAGUAUUGCUGCAUUAAUUGGUUUGUUUGGUCUUAUAUUAUCUGCUCUUCUUAUUGCUAUUAUUGCACAAAAACUUCUCUUAACUAGAGAUGAAAAAUAUGUUCAUACCUUUGUAUUGAACACUAAAUUAAUUAGGAAUCGUAGAAACUACGCAGCAAAUGUAAUAAAAUUUGCAAUAAAAGUCUGGUAUUUAAAACGACAAAAUAAACAUAAAUCCUUUCAAUACUUUCAAGCGCAUCGAAAAUUAUUUGGAUCAAUACAUCAUUUUCAAAAAAUUAGACAAGAACAACGAAAUCUAGAUGAUCAAUGUGUAGGUUUUAUUGAAUUAAUGGCUUUACAGCAAAAUACUAAUAUUCAGGCAAAAGAAGCAAUUGAACAAAUGAUGGCAUUCAAAAAUGAAGUAAAAGAAAUUAAAGAAGAACUGUUUAGUAUGAAUCGUAAUAUAUGUAAUUUACAAAAAACAUUACAUGUUUUACUUGAAAAAGGCACAAUAUAA